AUGAUUUGGUCAAUGAAGUCUUCGGACAGUGGUGGAGAAGGCGGUGAAGAAGAUUCAGGUGGCGGGGGUGGAAGCACCAAGGCGGUCAAGUGGCGACGGCGUGGUCAUCAAAUUUCGACCACUUCACUGUCAACAUCUUCGGGCUGUAGAUGGAUGACCACGACAAUGUUCGUCUUCUUCUUCAUAACCAGCACAGCAGCCGUGCUAUCAAACUCCACGUUCAAAGGCGAACAGCAAAGCGACAUAAACGCACGCAUUGGACAGUCGGCGUUUUUACCUUGCGAAUUGGAACCCAAUAACGUGACCACAGGAUUCGAGAUCACCACCCAAUGUGGAAUAGUUCACUCCGUGAAAUGGUACCGAGGAGCAAACAGAAUAUUCCUAUAUUCCGGUGGGCCUCGCACAACACAGCCACACCGAGAAGGGUACACCGAUAGGUAUGACAGAUCUUAUUGGAGUACAGAACCAAAUUCUACUUUGGGCUUCUUGGUAAUGGACAAUAUAACAGCGCUUGACGAGGGUGUUUAUAAAUGUGAGAUCACAUAUACUAAAGUACAUGAAGGUUGCAACAUCGUUCAGUUUAUCAAUCUUACAACUUACACUGACCCUGAAUCUAUCAGUGUUGGAACAUUGAUUGAACCCAGUGAUCUUUCGGCGCACAAUUACAUCGAUCCUUCAUCUGAUUUUUAUGAUGACAAAAAUAGCGAUCCAAAAUUUGGUAUUAUGAAAAAGUUAACAUCUGGUGCAAUCGUGGGUCCAGUGGAUGAAGGAAAUAAAAUACGUUUGGUAUGUCGUGCAGGUCGUGCCAGGCCUGUGCCCCAAGUUACAUGGUGGCAACAUAGUCGUGGUCCAAUUUAUGAUAGUGAUUUAGUUGAUUACCAAUACCGAAAAGUGGAUUCCGAUAUGUCCGAUGACGUUUUCUCGUACUCGGGAUUAUGGGUUGCACAAAGCGUUCUCACAGUUGUCGGAAAAAGGGGUGCAAACGGUAGAUAUGAAUGUCGAGUAAAAACGGCGACUGAUUCUUCACCAAUUCUGACAUCUAAUGUCGAAGUCACUGUUAAUGUAAGUCCAUACUCAGUUGAAAUGUCUACUUCAUCAUCAGGUGCCACUGUAACUACGGUUUCUAAAGUUGACGAUCGUAAUAAGUCUCAAAAUAGCGAAAAUGAUAGAAAUUCCGGAGAAGUAGUUUACGCUGAAACUACAGAGGGCCAGCCGUUAGUAAUUCGGUGUGCGGCCCGUGGAGCCCGCCCUCAAGCGAACGUGACAUGGUAUUAUUAUUAUAAGGAUCAAGAAAAUGACGACGACAAUGAUUACGGAAGUGGAAUAAGAAAUGAACAAAAUGUUCAUGUGCCUACCGUUCAAUCGUCGAAGCACGGCGCACCCGUUAUGUUAGGAAACAGUCAGCAAAACGGGGGUUCUACAGCUAGGUCUCCCAGCGAUUAUUUGAUAUCGGAACAGCGACGUAUGGAAGGUGGAGCAGAAAUUAUAGGUCCCGUAGAAAUAGCACAGCAUACUGAAUAUCAAGCUGAUGGCACCCGAGAUACGCACAGCCAAUUAUCAAUGUCACAACUUCAUCGCCAACAAGACGGUUCCAUACUGCGGUGUGACGCAUUCAAUAAUGUCGGUUCAUCACCGAAUCAACCUCUCACUGUAAACAUGACGAUCCGAGUAAAAUAUGUACCGACUGCUUGGGUAGUGCCUAUUACUGACGGAGAAAAUUCUGGUGCGAUUGUAGAGGACGAAAUAAAAAACGAUAUAGGUCAACAACGUAAGGGAGGAAUUGAUAAUAGCAAUAAUAUAAAUCCAAUAAUAAUUGAUGCAUCCAAAGAUACUUACGACGGAUCACACUAUCAAUCAAUUCUAUAUACUGUAGUGGUUAAUGAAACUAAAGAAUUAAGGUUGCACUGUGCAUACCACGCCAAUCCAGAUAAACUCCGAACGCCUGUUAAAUGGUAUCGAGAUGGCAUUGAGUUACAAUUAGUUGACGAAGAAGAACCAUCUUCAUCAAAUCACGGAACAUCAGCAUCGUCAUAUGCAGCAACACCAGCUACAGGCACUGGUACGCUAUCAGGAUCGUCAAACGGUGCUAAUAAUAGAUUUCGCACAAAUCCUAUGGGAAAUACUGCAAAAUAUGCUCGAGUUAAAGUUGCCAAUGGAAAUGGAGGAAUUCAUGGAGAUGGCAAUGGUGAAGACGCAACUGUAUUAGUGGUUAGAAAAUUAACACGUUUCGACUCGGGCCGUUAUGAAUGUCGAGUAAGAAAUUCAGUUGGGGCAGCCAAUUCUACAAAUUUUGCAAACGUCCGUGUUCAAUAUACACCUAAGGUAAAAUUGCACGUUAUCUUAGAUGAUUCACUCGACGACAAUCAAACUUCAUCAACAGCGAGUAGCAAUAUCAACAAUAAUAUGGUUGGAUCAAAUCCAGUUGUAUUAGAAUCUGAACAUCGCAACGUUACACUUCGAUGUGCUGUACAAUUAGAAGAAGAUCAGCAAAAUAUUGAAGAUACGAAUAGCGAUCCGUCUUUGAAUUUAACCUCUGUCCAUUGGUAUUGGAACGGUGUACAAAUGCAAUUACCAAACUGCACUAGAGCACCGGAUAGUAGUGAUAUUUUUGCAGACGAAGAAGAUGGAGACAAUGAUUUCGAUAUCGAAAAUAAUGAUAAUGAAAAUAAUGCCAUGAACUUUAACUAUGAAACUAGUGAACCACACGGAGAAGGAGAAUAUGACACAUACGCUGUUGAUAAUGACACUAGGAGACGUAAUAAAAAGCAAAGGAAAGUGGUGUGCACCGACAGAGAACUUAUUUUAGUUAAUGUGACAAAAAAUAUACACGGAAAUUAUUCAUGCCGAGCGAGGAAUGCUGCUGGUCUUCUUACUCCGAUGUCGGAUCAGACACCUCUUAUCGUAUAUUUUGCUCCGGGACCGGUGACAUUGGAGUUCAGUCCACGACGGGUCAUAAAAGGAAGGAACGUAACCUUGAGAUGCAAUGCUCAAUAUCUUGGUCGACCACAACAUCCUACUCGUUACUCAUGGUUUCGCGAUGGGCAUCCAUUUUACCACCAAAAUCAAGGAUUAAUAAACCCUAGCAUAAAUUCUGGAACCGGAAUUAGUAUUGGCGCCAACGGAAAUAAUGGUGGGGGAAAUUUCAACCCCGAAUGGUUUGUCGAUCACGUCUCAUUGGAAACUCGUGCUAAUUUUACCUGUUCUGCUUACAAUGAAGGUGGUGUCACCUAUUCCGAGCCCGUUUAUAUCGAGGUUUUUGCUCCUCCAAAUUACAUUACUGGGCCUCCACAAUACUUAGGAGUAGCUUAUAAUGCAUCACAUGUGAAUGCAUCGUGCACUGUUGAAUGUUAUCCUCAUUGCUCCGUGAACUGGUUACGCCGUGGUGUCCUAAUCGAUCCAAUAAACAACCCUAUGGACAAAGAGAGAUAUUCAAUACUGACGGAAUAUUUACCCGCGGAACGAUUGAAAAAUGAUUUCGAAGCAGUGCGCAGCACGUUGAUAUGGCGCAUGGACAACUGGCCAGGUGGUCGUGGCUUAGAUCCAAUAACAGAUUCGACGGAAUACAGUUGCCGGAGCAGUGGCAAUGAAGUUGGUCCACCUGUGUCAGAAUCGAUAAUGAAUUUCUCUGUUGAAUAUCCUCCUGGUAACAUGACUGUCUCCAAAACAGUCGUGCAUGUCAGUGAAGGUAACAUACCGGAAAAAGUGUUUUGCCACGCCGAGGGCCGCCCCCAGCCCACUUUUGAGUGGCGUUAUAUCGCCAAUACGAACAAUUGGAACGUGCCAGGAAACUCGUCUCAGUCAACCCAAUCGUCUUCGCAGCAAAGGCUUUCUUCGAUCGCCAACGCUGGAAACAGUGGUAUCGGUGGAAGCUCCGGAAGCGGUGGGGCCCAAAUUAAUAACCAACAGUUGGUUUUGAACUCAGCUGUGGGUAGGCAACAAGCUGGCUAUUAUGCUUGCGUGGCUCGCAACACACAUGGAAACGGAACUGCGUACACCUAUCUGGACGUUAUGUAUAAGCCUAGCUGUCAACUUAGGAUGAUAACCGUUGAUCAAUUUAAACAGGAAUCAUCAGCUAGUUUGACUGAUCAAUCUUCCGAAUUAGAGGAAUUUUUGUCUUCAUCAUCCGGUGAAAAAAGAAUACUGGUGUGUACAGCUACUGCAAAUCCAAGCCAAGUACAGUAUACGUGGACCAUAAGAAACUCGGGUCGUCAAAACGAUACGUCGACAUCUUCGACAUCUGAUUCUCCCGCUACUGAGAGGGUCAUCACUGUAUCAAUUGGAUCAUCAGGCAACAGUGGAUCAAACGAUGUGGAUAAUAUGGGAAGUUAUAACCGGAGCAUACUAAUAUUACAAGAUAGGCUGGAAGUGAGUAACAACGAGGAUGACGAAGGAAGGGGUAGCGAAAAUAUAUCAAACAACGGUGCAUCAGAAGGCGUCAGAACAUAUGUGUGUACUGUCAACAACACUGUAGGAUCGGAGCAAUGUAGCAUUCAAGUUCAAGCUGUCAGUGAAAGUGACGCUCCCUGGUGGAAACAGUUUUUGGCAACCCUAGGUUUGGGUGGAUUGCCAGUGAUGGUCGUCUUGGUGGCCUUGGUUGUGAUUUUGUUACUUAUCGUCAUCAUCGUAAUUGUUAUUCUGUUGCUGUUCGUUUGUAAGAACCGUUACAUUAAACCGGGCAAUGGAGUGUCGGGAGGACGUCAAAAAUAUGUUAAACAAAAAUACCCUACAUUGACGGCGUAUAGGGUACCAGUCGUUUGGCGCCGGCACCGAGGCCGUGGCUUGCUAUUAAACAUAUCGAAAGUGCGACAAAAUCCCGAAGGGAGUGCCACGUCAUCGAUUUCCGGUGCCAACCCCGUGACUGCACAGCAGUGUACAGACCAGCCGGCGAAUGUCUCGGGCAACCCUAAGCCCCCGCCAGGAUACGACGACGACCAUUCGCAAUCGUUUUCCAGCCAGCGGACAACAUCGGCCGCGAGCGUCGUCGGCAAGUGGCCGCUCAAGCCGGGCGUGUUAGUGCAUUCGAAGCAGCAGUUGCUCAAGUUGCAGUCGGCCACUGCCCACGGCCAACCGGCGACGGCCGACACCGGGGACGGUGGCGGCGGGCCCGCUGACAAAAUCGUUGCCGACGGAAUCGGCGAAAAGCAAAAGUCGAAAAAAAAUCACACCGGUAAAGGAAAACCGCCGGCGGCCGAGUGCAUGAUGUUGGCCAACGAGACGCAGUCGGCGCGCGCAGCUCGCAUACGACGCAUGAUGAUCGGAUCUAAUAAUAAUUUAGUGCCAAAAAAACCGUCACCCACGUCACCUCCACCCGCGCCUCCUGUCCGACAGAGCUCGGAUACCGGCGCGGGAAGAUAUCCUUCUGCGACAGAUUCGCGAGGCGGAGCCGGUCAACAGCAGGACAACGAAUCCAACUUGGGAGCGACGGGUGACUCGAAAGCCGCGUUCUACGAGAACUUGCCGUUCCACGGAAUGCGACCGCCGCCCAAUCAGUCGUCCACACUUCAGCCGCACGCCGCAGUGAGCAACGGCGGUAACGGUAACACAGCCGACCGCGCUAACUACAAGCCGCCGCAGCCGCUGCCGCCCGCGGACGCGUCGCUGUCUCCGUUGUCGUCGUUGAUUCGCCGGUCGCCGAACGGCGGUUACGUGUCCCUGUUGCGCCGGUCCGCGGUUCCCGGGUCGGACGCUGUCGCCGGUCGUCCGACGGCCGCGGUCCGGUUCAACUCGUUGCAGAGGCCGGACCGCGGCUCGACGACCGCGUGGCAGCGACGCGAUCGGCAGUUCCGGUCGAUGAGAACCGCGGGCACGGGCGGCGGUAGCGACGGGCCGGUCGCCGCGAAACCGGCUGUCGACGACGACCGCCGGGGCCGCCAAGACGACAACAACAACGACAGCGGCAAAGCGAGCGGUGUCGGCGGCGACGAGACGAAAGCGUCGGCGGCGACCGCGGACCGCGGUGACGGGCGGAAAGACGCGUUUUCCGCGUCGACGUUCCCCAAGCCGGCGCCCAGAACGCGCGUGCCGUCCGCCUCGGUGGCGCCGCCGUCGCUGUCCCGCCGCGACACUUACGAGAACCUGCAGCAGCUGUUGAACGGCAGUGACGGUAGCGUGACCGGCGCCAAUAAGUUAACAGGAGUCGGGAUAGGAGCUCGGAGCUUGGACGAGUUUUACCGUAUGCAAAUACAGCAACAACACCAACUGUUGUACCACCGGGUGACGGCAGACGACGCGGCUGCGACAGCUCUCGCGGCCGGAUACUCGACCGUCGGCGGCGGCGUCGUUCACCAUCGUCAGCAACAACAACAACAGCAUCAACAGCAUCAACAACAACAACAACAUCAGCCGCAGUCCAUCGAGAUGACCCAGUUCGAGAUGACCGCCGGAUCGGGUCGGGAAGACGUAUACCAAAAAUCUCAGAAACACAGCGCGGUCGGCCGGUACGUGGGCGACAACGACGACGACCGCGGUGACGGAAUCGGCGGCGACGGCGACAAGAUCGGCAAGUCGAUGAACGCCGGCGGCGGCACGAUGGGGAGACGUCGCCGCGGAAACCAGCAAGUCUUGGACGGCGGAGGUCCGUUGAGCGAUCACUACUACAACGGCGGCAGCAUCGGCGGCAGCAGUCAACACCUGCAGCAACAGUACCACCACCACCCGCACCAGCAACAACAGCACGGCAACAGGAGACGCAGCAACGCCGCGGCAACAGUCGACGGACCGCUCGUACAACCGGCGGCCACCAGCAACUACAACACCGUGUCGGGCGUCGGCUACUACGCCGCAGACGUGUACGCCAGCAUGGGCGCGCGACAGCAACAGUCCAAACGGCAAUCGCAGCAACAGCAACGGCCGUAUUGCGGCGUCGGCGCUGCGUCCGCCGGCAACGUUUCCGACGAACAGUCGUCGCUGACGGCCAAGCGGUCCUGGCGCCGGCAGCAGAACCGCCGGCGCCGGGCCGGCGUUGGCGGCGGCGUGGUGGCCGUCGAACCGGACGACGACGCGGAUCAGCCGCAGCCCGCGGUCGCGUCCGACUACGCGGCGGACGCCGAAGCCGACGACCCGCCGUCGCCGCAACCGCUCGCCGGCGACAGGUACCGGACCGCGGCGGCGGCGGUGGCCGAGUUGGAUCUGCACCAUCACCGUCCGCGGCAGAAAAGCGACGCGCGCAACAACCUGGCGGCCGGCGGCGUGCUGGACGCGGCCGAACAGCAACCGAACGGCGGUGGCGCCAACAAAAACGUGGUCAAGUUCCACGACGUGGGCCGCGAAAUCGACGUGUAGACGACACCGCCGCGCCGACCGCCGUCGUCGUGGACCGGCCGCGCUUAUCGCCCGUACAGGCUUUUCAUAAUACAUUGAACGUGUUUUCACGACAAUACAUGUUGUCGGGCACGUUUUAUUUACUGUAUUUUAUGAUAUUAUAUUGUUGUGUUAUCAUUACUAUUAUUAUUAUUAUUAUUAUUAUAUUACGUUUUCCGUCGGUGUACAGUCUGCACGCCC